AUGUCAAGAUGCAGAAAGACACUCUCGCUCCUGCGCACCUCGGUCCCCACACACCAGCCCCACCGAUCCUUCGCCACGGGCCUCUCCUCCAUCCCUUCCACUUCCCAAUCCAUCUCCAACCCCUCGAUCCCACCCCGAUCCCAAGCCGUACAAACCCCCAUGCCUAUCGCCACGUCCUCGCGGUACACCCUCGAUCAUCCAUUCUGGUUUGACAAACCCGACCCAGCGGUCGCGGCGUUACAGUUCGCGACGGAUGAGGAGCUGUUCCAGGCACUGCUCCUCCCCGAUCCUGGGUCGCGCGGAAAGGGAAGGGCAAAGGCAAAGGCAAAACAGGGGGAUAGUGGGGUACUCUUCGAUCCGAGUGCGGCGUUCCUCGCGCUGCGAUCGAGACCGACGUAUACUGCGUUCCUGCAGUGCGUCCACUCGUGCCUCGGUACGGUCUAUCCAAGGCUCAAGCAGGCUGGCGAGAGCGAGCUGCUCGUGUCGGACCUCCUUUUACGGUAUCCCGAUCCUCGGCUCCUCCGCGAUCUUCUCGAACUGGAGGCUCACACCACAAAAUCACCCCCCUCCGACGAUGACCUCCUUCGCCCCUCCCUCAUCGCGUCCAUCAACUCUAUCAUCGGCUGGCAGGUACGGCGAGGCGGACCUAAAUGGCAACUCAGCUUUCGGACCCAUCACCUGAUUUGCAGGGCGAUGGAGACGCUCGAGGAUACCUCGGCCACCGUGCAGGCGUGGCACGGCAUGCGCAUCGCCGCACCCACGCAGUCCAACCAGCCAGACACCGGAUACCUCCUCUUGACAUUCGUCACCCGUAUCGCACGCAAGGACCCGGUGGCGGCUUUCAGCAUGCUGCACUCGCUUGUGCGGGAUGAGGCUUUGCCCCGGAACAUUCUGCUCCGCAAUCUCGGACCCCAUCCAAAAAGGCGGCACAUGCUUGUGCUGGGGGCGGUGGUCAAGUGCUGCAUGAGCUGGGGCAUGGAAGCAAGGUCGAGGAAACACGCAGAGGAACUGCUUGAAAUGGCACUGGAAGGCAGCGGGAUACAUGCUGCCAGGGAGGCGAUUGAGUUGGUGUUGGAGGUGUGCAAGGGAGCGGAGGCGGGCAAGGACGUUCGGGGGCUGGAAUGGUGUAUGGAGGUUUUUCUGAGAAUGGCGAGGGCGGACAGCUGUCCUCCCAUUCCAGGUCCUCUGUUCGACGCCUGGCUCGACACUCGCUUCUCCUUGCCUCGUCAGCCAGGAGCGGCUCAGCAAGACAGUACUCCUUUGGACAUCUGGAAAUCGCUCCCACCUCAUCGCCGCCCGUCCAUCUCGGCUACCAACAUCCUUCGUCUUGCCCAAUCCCCCGACGUAUCCUCGGAAAUCCUCCUCGGCCUCUUUCAGAAACUACCGCAUCUCGACCCCUCCACCACCCUCCCCAUCGCCAUCCCCAUGAUCACCCUCAUCGCCAAGCGCGACAUGCCCCUGUCGGAGCAGCGCGGCUUGCUCAAUAUCCUCCUUCAACACUGGUCCGGCACCAUGGUUAACCUCGGCGGCGCCCAGCUCGUCGAUCUCGUCAGAGUACUCAGGGCAGACCGGGCCCGCUGUUCGGCCAUUGUACGGGUGUACGAGGCUCGUUUGCUGGCGCAUCACGCGAGGAGGGGGGACAUCAGCGUGCGAGAAGCGCUGGCAAUGGUGCAUUCUUUCUUGCUGAUCAAGGAUCGGGAGAGGGCGGAGGAGUGGCUGUCUGGUGUUGAUUUGAGCGAGGAGGUCAGGGAGGGCCUGUGGGAGAUGUCGUUGGGGAAUGGAGACGUCCGUAUUGGGCUGAGAGGGAUGUUGCGGAAGAGAUGCAGCGCGUCAGAGGCGAAGCGGAUAUUGGCGGGGGAUCUGAGCUUGAAGAUGGGGUCCGAGCUGGCAGUUGUAGAGUAG